CUACACAAGCAUUCUACAAAACUGCAAAUCGAACGAAAACAUGUGGAGAGACGACGGACGACAGCGUCACAGCGUUGUGAAAGCCGGGCAACCGGGAGGGCGAAAGCGAUUACUUUCAAAACAAGUGGUUGACGUAGGGUUCUGUGAGCGGCUACGGAGCGCUCAGCGCACAAACGUGAACGAACCGUUCGAGUGUGGCAUACGCGAGUUGUAGCGGACGGCGAAACAAAUUAAGUACGCAACGGUGCGACGACAGUGCAAAAGAGAGUUGAUGCCAACAAACAACAACAACCGACAGUGCAACAACAAGAGUUUGCCUUACUGACGACACUGGCGACCGUACCAAAGCAGCAGCAGCAGCAACAGUAGCUGCAGAAAUUCAGUCCGACCAAGUAGGGACGCCAAAGUCUGUGGAACACGACGAUAAAGAAACACACGAAACAUAACAACAGAGUUGGCAACAACAACGCGGCGCACAAUAGCUGUAAGUCUCCGAAACGGACCGUAGGCGCUUAAAGCGCGCAACACCGUUGACAAACCCAACCAACAAUUGCGACGCGCGGCAGCAAGAGCAAUUGUUGUGUGAAACGGAACAAAAACGCGACAGCAGCGAAUAGCUUUCGGCACAACCAACACUACACACUAUAUGUGGCACGAGAAAAAUAACGACUACAACGACUCCGACGACGAGCACCAAACGAAUCGAAUGUAGAGAGGCGCAGCACAGCGCAAAGAAGGCAAGAAGGCAAAGCGGAUGUCGGACGCCGCUAAUACACAAACAGCCAGCCAACGGGCCAACCUUAGCGCAGGCAACGGCUCAGCCAAACGUUUAGUAGACAAACAGGCGAUUCCUGCUAAGAACACAUGACAAGUCCUCGCUUGUCGCUGCUAACGUUAAGAAGGACAACAUUUCACUACUCAGCCUUUACACAAAAGUGCAGUGAGAUUUUUCCAGCUGAAAAUUUUAAGUGAAAAACUAAAGUACAACUUCGCGGCAGGUGCACAACAAAAACUUAAACAUAACGGCACAACGAAAGUGCAAAGUGCUGCUUUUAAGGUUUUGUGUGUAAGUGUGAAAAAUUAUAAUUUUUAUUGAAAAAUUUUUUUGUGAAUGAAUUUGGCAAACUUGGCUGUGACUGCUCACAGUGACGAAAUAAGCAGUGCGUAUAAGCCAUUGAGAGCGAAUUGGCCGAAAAGCAAAAACCAAAAAAAAAUAAUUUUAGUAAAUCAAAUUAAAUAUUGUGAUUAAAAUUGUUUUUAAGUUUUGUGCUUGCGUUAUGCUUUGAAAAUUCAAAAAUUUAACGUGAAUUUUGAGAAAAAAAAUUUGUUUGAUGCUCGUCAUGCAAUAACAAAUAUGCAGCGUUUCGCAUAACAGUUACUGCUAUUGUGAUAUAUAAAAGUGUUUGUGCAGCGGUGAAGGCAGUCAGUACGCGAUUGAAAGUGCAAGCGCAAGGAAACGGCAAACUUAAUGCCCGAAACAAAAACAAGCGCAACUUAAGGAGAAAAAUGCAUAAAAUAACUGCAAGUGCUUACCAAAGUGCGACGGACACAGAGAUAUCAAAGAACAGUGAUAAGUGUUAUAAAUAAAUGAAGAAACAAAAGUGACGGAACUCCGAACAAAGUUCAACACAACUCUGAAAACAAACGCAGUAGUGACAGGCGCAGAAAAAUUUUCCACCAACCGAAAACUUGCAAUACUGCGUUGUCAUCAUAAGCAGGAAGUGCUGGAGCUCGCAGCUCGGUUUUCAGCUGAUAAGUGCGCAACAAAAACAAAGUGCAAAGAACCAAAAAUAGAAGAUUUCGAAAUAAAGUGCAAAGAAAAGGAAAAUUGCAACAAAACAAGAAAGCUAAGUGAAAAAGUGAGUUCGACACUUAACAACAACAACAACAACAACAAAAACGCGACAUAAGGAUAACAGUGAGCGCAGGUAGGAGUAGGCAGUCUACAAGCGCGUCAAGUCUCAAGCAGCGCACAAGCAACUUGACAAGUGGACAGACAGACAGACAGCAAGGCGAAAUACAGACGGACACACAGCCAGACAGACAGCGCCAGCAGUGAGCGUGAUUGUGCGAACGAAAGGAGGCAAAUUACCACUGCAAACUCGAAUUCAGUGCACAGCAAAAGCAAGGCGACGCCAUACCAGCAGCAGUGAGGAAAAGAAGCAAAGAAAGGACAAAAGCCAAGGCAAGUAAGACACAAGUGAAGCAAGUGCGGCAAGUGAAGCAACUGCAGCAGCAAGACAGUACGGUUAAGGGGUGUAGAGAAAUUGUCUGUAAGCAGCAAGCGACAGGUGAAAGAAGAUCCUAACUAGCAGCAUAGCCACACUUACACACACCCACACACACACAAACGCAUAUACAGAGAACGCGUGCGCAUACACCACUACACAGGCUGCCCAGGAGCCGAAGACACGCAACAGAAUAAAAGAAAACGUGAAAAGCAUAUAAAAUAUAUAUGCGAGAAUAAAGCUAAAAAUAGCCUACCAGCCAGCCAGGCAGUCGACCUAAAAGCGCUGUAAGUCAGGGCGCACACACACACACGCGCGCACAGCGAGCGAGCAGUGGGCGCGGCGACGGUGUGCCACAGUGUCGCAGUGGUUUGGCAAUUUUAGUGGCAACAAAAAAAAACCAAGUGGCAACUAAAUUGGCGGAAAGGCAAUAUAAGUCGCGAGACUUUACUGCGUAGCUUUGGUGAAAUAUUAAAAGGAAAGCCAAGCAAAGAAAGCAAAUAAAAGUAACGAAAAGAAAAGCAAAACUAGUGAGUGUGUUAGUGUGCUAAAAAAGCAAGAAAAAAACAAAAAAAAAAACCAAAAAAAGUGAAGUGUGGUGACUAAAAGUCGUUGAGCCUUAGACGUGCAGAUAUUAACGGUAUUCAAAAAAAUCCAGACAACAACAACAAAACGUCGGCUUAGUGAAAACACACGAAGCUGCGUUCGAAAAUCAGAAAAAUCCGAAAAUAGCCAGCAAUCGCACACUGAAAACUAAUAAAUUCGAGCUCAAAGCCGCGCAGCACUAUCCCCGUGUGUUCCGCAAGCCAGUUGAACCACAUAAACGACGGCGCUGAGGUCAAAAGUCUGCGAGUUAGCUAAGCGUGGUGACAUAGAGCCAACAACGCAAAGGAUCAGCAGCGCAAAGCUUUUCAUAGCCGCAACACAAACACACAAAAGCAACAGUUUGCGUGUGGCAAUUCGAUUUUCGCCACAACAACAACGCUUAAGCGUGGUGAAAGUAAGUAAGCGGAUUAAAAAUAAAUCUGUACGUCGUCCAUGUGUGAGUAGUGCGUGUCGUGCCACGCUAAUAUAUACAUACAUACAUAGCAUCUACACGCACACGAAGUCUAAAACAAUCGCACGAAGACAACAAAAAUAAAGCGACUGCCAUAGAACACGAAAAGGCAAUUAGUUGGAAGCUAAAGUUAGACGAGACGUAGAUUGAAGUGUGUGUAGCCAAAGGCGAAACUAAACAUUUAGGCACGACUUGAAACGAUAACUACAAAAACAAAGGCAAGUGAGCAGCAUAAAUUUGUAAGACGGCGAGUGCUAGCGCAGCGAUCGGGCAUAGGUAGCAACGAGUAAAGUGCGAAAGCAAAGCACAUAAGCGCUGAUAAGGCUGAAUAGUUCCUCAAAGCAACAGCGAAACAUUAUAACGGUACUAAAAACUGUGAAGAUUAAUUAAAAAGUGAAGAAAAAAUAUGCGUAGAAAAUAAAAUUGAAAAAAAAAAAACUGUGAAAAAAAUAAAAAAAAUAUUUUGCGAAGAAAAUAAACGUGGAAAAUAUAAUUGAAAAAUAUUCCAAAAAAAUUCAAAAUAUACAGCCAUGGUCACGCAAAUAGCACACUUAGUCAUAAACUUAUGAAAAAGAAAUAAACUUGGAAAAUAUAAAUGAAAAAUAUGCCAGAAAAAUUUGUGGAAAAAGAUAUAAGUGAAAACUAUAACUGAAAAAAAACUAAGUGAAGCGUCUCUACAGGCAAUUUGCUGUACUAAGUUCCUCAAAAACUCGUAAGCUAUAGGCGUGUGCGUUAGUACAACUACAACGCACGAAAGCGCUAAGACGAGAGAAAGAACCCUAUAUAUCUACAUACAUAUAUACAUAUAUAAACACGACCCCAACAACAUAAGCUGCAUAGCCGCAGUUACACGCGACAGAGACAAACUGGAGUUGCUAACGGUAAACGCGAACCGGCCAACAAGUCGAUUAUCGAUUUUGUCUCCACUGACAUAUAACAAGAUUGCUGCGUGCUAGAAAAAGCUAGCAAAAGACGAACCAGCAAGUGAACAUAAAAACUAAUAAUAAAAGAAAAACUAAUAAUAAAAGGCCAUAAAAUAGACUAAAAGAAAAGAAAAAAUCGACUAUACAAACAACACGAAAGCGCUACGAGCAAAUACUGGCAGACAGACAGCGCAACAGACAGACGGAAGACACUAACUGAAGUCUAGUUGCGCGAGCCAAGUGAGCAGGCGUUUGCAAUAGAGCCCAAAAAACUAUAAAAAAAAAAAAAACAACAACACAAACAACCAAUACGGGGUGUUGGUAAUGAAACCGGCCGCAUACUAAGGGCGAACGAACGAACGUCUACGAGAAACAAGCGAAUUGCAGCAACGACCCCCCAAACCCUAAACACAAACGUAGAAACAAACAACACAAAUAUUAUUGUAAUCGGUUGAGGGAUUACAGUAACAACGAGUGUAUGCGCGACUGGCGAGCCAAGCGCAAACGAACAGACAAUUGAAGUCGGCGAAAUUGCCAUUUCAACGGCGUGUUAUACAACGUUGGCAGUUGAGCCAACGCUGAAAGGCGAAACCGACAAAUAAUAGCCAGCGAUGAAAACAAAGCGCACAGCGCAAAAGUAGCGAAAACCAUAAAAAAAAAUAAAAAUAAAAAACAAGUGGCAACUGUGGCAACAGAAAUCAGGCAACGAACGGAAACAGUUGAACAUAAAAGCCAGUUGCACAACAAACACACCAAAAUCACAGAGAAAUCAACGACGCAACGAGACGUGUAACGUGUAAGAGGAAAUCGAGGCGCAGGAAACACACACACACACACAGGCACACAACAGUAGCGGAAACGUACUUUUGGCAAAAGAUCAAAAACACGUCCUGUACGAAAGCAGGGACUAGGCGGGCACUACACACACGGCAAGCCGGCAAGCACACAAAGCGGCAGGCAACAUAAGGCAGCAAUCAACAAUUUCGGCAAACAACGGAAAAAGUUGGUGAAUAGGCGCCGACAGCGACAAGACGCCAUAAACGCCACGAUAAGAAAGCUCGUUUUGCCUUUGCUGGAAACUAACGAGUUUCAUUGGCGGCAUAAGGGCCAGCACUAGUUGACAAACACAAAGUAACAAAAAAACCAAAAACAAAACAAAAAAAAAAACACAAAUCAACAGUGAAAUUAACGAGUGCAACGGUGGCAAGCAAAAGCACUUGCAUAUAAACCAUUAAAACCGAAAGACUGUUAGAGAAUGAAGACUUUUGUGUGCAAGCGUAUGGCCGCUUAGACUUCGACGUACGCGCCCUAGUAUCAUAAUACCCAAAAACGAAGCCAAAAAACAGUCUUACGCGUUAGUUAGACUAGCUAGAGAUUCCCACACAACAAGCAAAGCGGCAUUUAAACUAAAAUCCCUCCCAAAAACCAAGAAAAAAAGAAAGUAAAAAGAGCAACCUUUUGUCAGACCGAAACCACUUCGUCUACAAUUGCAAACACCUAGUCAUCUAUAUAUAUAUAUAAUCCCCGGCAAGUAGUUACGCGAAAAUCCCCAAAAAUAGCACGUCUACUUGAGCGUUUGCGUCGCAUCAACAAAAAGAAAAUGUUCUACUCGCUCGUGCAGACCAUCGUUUGUGUGCUGCUCAUUCAAGCCGGCAUUUAUGCGCUACACUUGAAUGGACCAAGCGCCAACAGCAAUGGCGCGAGCUUGGGUAGCGUCGGCGGCGGCGGCGGCGGCGUCAAUGCGCCAACGAGUCAUGGCGGUAGCGGCGCCGCACAGCUCAAUGCCGCCGUCAAUACAAAUCAAAUGCUGAACAUACUCUCCGCCAAUCAGCAUGCACAACAUCUGCAUGCCGGCGGCAGCGGUAGUGGCAGUGGCGGCGGCGGCGGCGGUGGUGGCGAUAUUGGGCGCUCGCGUACGCUUAGCAAUUCCGCUGUCAAUCCGUUGGGUAAUGCCGGCCGCUUGUCACAGGAAUUAGCCGAUAGAGCACAGCUCGAACGCGAACGUCUCAUGUUACUCGGACUGGCGAAGCAGACAGCGCUGGCAAGUGGCGGUGGUACCGGUCAUCAUGGACGUCCCAUUAUUACCGGUCGCAUACAAAUGAGUCCCGUCGACGAUGUGGAGAGCGACUAUACGUCGCUGUUGUUGCCACAGACACGUGGUCCGUUGUAUGGCAGUGUUGUUAAAGAGCCGGCGGCCGUGGAGGAUGAUGAGUAUGUCGAUGAGGAGCAGCGUGAAUACGAUAGAGCACGUUUGGCUAGCGGUGCACAUAGGAAGUAUGAGUAUGGUCGUAUAGUCGAGCCAGCUGAACGUGAAGAGUAUGCGGAGCCGCAGCCCAUCGAUGAGUUGGAUGAGCUAAUUGAAGCUGAACCGGAGAUGGACGAUGUGCUCUCCGAUUUAGAGAGCUAUCAGUAUUUGGAUGAGCUGUUGCCGCCAGAGCAUCGCAGUUUGUGGGGUGAUGACGGUUUGGGUUAUGGCAUUGCCGGCGGCAAUAGUCGUCCGCAUCAUCUGAAUGACGGUUUUCCAUUGCUGUUGAAUCCAUAUCGCACGCUUGAAGAGUUGGAGAAUAGUCCGUCGCACACCUUGCAAGAAAUAUUCGAAAAGGAGUCGCAUGACAAAGCCGAGACGAAAGCCCACCGCCAACAUGCGUUACACCCGACACGCGAGCAGCAGAAGCAGCAGCAGCAGUACGAACAACAACAACAACAAGCACGUCAUCAACAGUCAACGCAGCCACAGCAGCAAUAUACAUUCAGCGGCGGCGUUAAGCACCGCAACGGUGGCUACGGCGUUGACUACAACAACAACAUGCAGCAGAAGUGGCAGCGUAAGCGUUCGCAGCAACAACAACAGCAACGUCAAUUACAGCAAUGGCAACGCAAUAUAUUCGGCCAGCAACUAAAACAACAACAAUUACAUCAUUUCGGCGCGCAGCCACAGCGCCACAGCAAACUGUCGCUGGCCAACUCAGAAGCCACCGCCACUAAACAUAUACCGUUAAAUGACAGCACCAAUGACCUCAACAACAAUAACAGCAAUAACAAAUUGUCAAGCGCUUUGAACGCAUUGGCAACGCAACAACAAAGUUCCUCCGCACCUAUAAUAACCAGCGGCGAUGCGGCUAUGAAGAGUGAUCAGCUGCAGCAACAACAACGACAACAACAACAACAGCAAGAACCAGAUGAGCCAAGACAGGUUGGCAAGGUUAGCACUGCUGAUGAUGCCAGUCCAGCAACGGGCUUAUCAAAGGCUGCUGCCAAAUUGAAGGCACAGCAGCAGCAGCAACAACAACAACACAAAAAACAGCAGACGCCGUCACAAAAGCAAGAUUCUUUCUUGCAUCCCAACCAUAAGCGCUCCGGCAGCGUUGGUGGCGUCGGUGCCGCCAAUGGCAUGUCGGCAGCGGCUGCUGCGGCGGCGACUAACGGUUACUCCUCCAUCGCCAGCCAGCUGAUGUUGCGUACGGCGCGAGGGCAGCGGCAGUAUGACGUGCCACAAAUAGAAUGCCCUACCGCCAUGGAUGGCAUGGAGCGGUUCGCGUGUCCCACACCUGAUGUGCAGGGACGAUAUCGUUGCAUAGACGAUCACGUGCUAUGCGACGGCUUCAUCGAUUGUCCGGAAGGUGAAGAUGAAGACCGAAGAUCGUGUAUGUUCUACAAAACGGUCAAAGCUCACCUAGACGUUUUGGCGGAUGCGCUGCUGCGCUGGGCGCGAGGGCGUUAAACAACAACAACAUAAACCAUACACGUAUUAAACACAACAUAAACUCGCCUUCCUAUGCAUGAAUGCAAACAGAACAUAAAAACAGAAGAAACACUACUCAUCCGAAGCAAACACAAAUAGAUAUGUGACUGCUAGCACUCACAUGUCCAACACAUAAACAACGACCAGCACCACCGCAGCUAAAUUGAGAGCGCAAAAGAACACGACAAAACACAAAGCGCCAACAACCGAAAGUCAAAUAACUAAUUAUUCCGCAAAAUCAUACGGAUGGACACUGAGACACACACACACACAAACACAAACUCCGACACGCAUGGUCGCAUAUGAAAGCGCAACAGAAUAAAAGAGAUAGAGCGACAGUGAGAGGGAGAGAGAGAGAUGGCGAGCGAGCGUUAUAGUAGUAUUGUUUGUAAAAAGCUGUAAAAGUUAUGUCAAAAUAACAAAGUACUAGAGAAAUAAGAAAAAACAAAAAAAAAACAAAAAUCACAAAAAUAAGUAUAACAACUGAAGACAUUAACUGUUAUUAGCGAUAUGUGUGGCAAGCAUGUGAAAUGUUAAUCAAAAACAAGAAAAAACAAAAAUAAAAUUCAUAAAGUAGUUGUGAAUUGAAAUGAGCGUGUGCAAAAACCCCAAAUGAAUGCCAGCAAAUGAAAACUUAUGUAUGUAGUAGUAAAUGUUUAAUCAACUAGUAAAAAGCAAGGUGUAAGGAAUACUUAAUGUUAUACAUAUGAAUUAUGAUUACAAUUUUGAUUACUUAUUACUUACAAACAAAAAUUACUAUAACUUAACGAUUAUUAAUUAUUAUUAUUAUUAACAAUUAUUAUAAAUAAAAUUAUAAUUAAAAUUAUAAACCCAAAAAAGAAACUACCUACUAUUAUUAAUAUUUCAACAAAGUGAAAUUAUUCCAAAAACGAAAAAAGUAAAAGAGCCAUAAACGUAAAUAAAGUAAAUUUAAUUAACUGAAAUGUGGCAAAAUAUUUUCGACAUUUAUGUAAUUACUAAAUUAAAUGAUUGUAUAAAGAGUGUUAAUAUUAAAAAAAAAUCAAAUGUUAAUUAAAUAUACAACAGUUUAUAAUAAAAUAACCGAAUACCAAAGAAUACGACGGCCAUUAGGUGUGAGUGACGCCACGCUUUAGCAUUGCAAACGAAAUGUAUACCCACCCCAAAAGUCAUGAGCUUCAACAAUUGUGUCAAUUGAAGUGAUGGUGAACGUUUGUGUAAGUUUGUCGGAAAAUUACGAGUAGGUGUAACUGCGAAACACUCCGAAUUAUUUUUCUCAAAGCUUGAUUCUGUUGUUAAAGAUUUGAUUUGUUCCUAGUUUUUCGCAAAAAUGCAAAUUUGUGUAACUCCGAAAGUCUCCGAAAGACUCCGAAUUAUUUCUUUCAAAGUUUGAUGAUGGUCUUAAUCAUCUAUGUUCUUAACUUUGCAUAGAAAUUUUUAUCCGAAAGUGUCCGUAAACUCCGAAAAGUGUAAACUUCACUGACUCCGAAAAUGUUCAAAUAUUUAUAUACAUUUGCAUCAGCCACAAAGUAAACAACAGUACAAGUGUGCACAGAGUUUAAUCUGCAAGAAUUUGUGCAGUUCUGUUACAAUUCGGAGUUAUUCUGCUUAUAAAAAAAUUCAAAAUACACAAAAAACAAUUAUUAUCGUUUCUGAAGCCAAUAAAAUGUUAAAAUAUGCUAUUCCGAAUCCUCUCCGAAAAAUGUGUAUACCAAUUCUCAAACUUAUACAUUAAAUUUUUUGCGUGUAGAAAAUUUGAUGAGGUUUUUGUGGACUGUUUUCGAAGAUUACUAAAUUUUAAUAUAUGUAUGUUGCACCUAAUUCACUCCAAAAAUUCGGAAUAAUUUUUUGUUAUUCCGAAAUUUUUUAAUACUUUCAAGACCUUUACCUGUUCCUCAAAAAAUUUAAAAUAAAAACGUUUUAGUUUCUAAAAAUUCACUUCACAAAAUUACGCAAAAAUUUAAGAACUCCGAAAAGUGUUUCUUUUGUCACGUGUUGCACAUGAAAAAAACAUAAAAAAAUUGGUAAUUUCGAAAAUUUUUUUAACACUCCGAAACUCAAUUUAAUUACAUUUCGAAAACAAAAUUUUACAUUUAUACAUACGCUGAAUUAGGUUAUGCAAAAUUACGCAAAAGUUAAGAACUCCGAAAAGGUUUUGAUACCCCGAAAAGUGUUUCUCUUGAAUAUUUAAAGAGGGCUUCGAAAAGAUUUUUUUAUUGUGAGAAGGAUUUGGUACUUUCAAAAAUCUGCCUCCGUUAUUUAAAAUUUUUAACUUCGAAAAAUUUUUUGGCUCUCCUAAACUAAGUUCGCUUACAUUUCAAAAAUUUCAAAUUUAUCUAUAAGCUGACUUAAUAUAUGCAAAAUUAUGUCAAUUUUUAGCACUCCGAAAAAGUUUUCAGAUUCCGAAAAGUGCUUCAGUAUAAUUCCGAAAACAAAAUUUCAAUUAGCACUGUACGCUGAAUUAACAUACGCAAAAUUAAGUCAAAUUUUAACACUCCGAAAAAGUUUCAGACUCCGAAAGUUGCUUCAGUGGAAUUUAUAAAUAUAUCGAUAAUUAAAAUCCCUGCAGAGUUCUAACGCUUAUAACUAUGUUUACAUAUUUGCAAAAUUUUUUAUUUACACAAGAUUUUUGGGAAAACUAUAUUUUACGGACUUACUGAAAUUUUUAAAACAAACAAGCUUUCAGAAAUAUUGUUCUUUAACGCCAUAGAGUAUAAAAAAUAACAUAUUCCAUUUAUCCAAAAUAAUUAUUUGACUUUCCAUUUCUGUUUUCAUUUCAUUGUACGCGCUAUCGCUUCGAAAAUAUCACCUGCACUAGGCUCAUGACUUGUGCUCAAGCGCAACGCAUACUCACACCUACCGAAAGUAAUACAUACAUACAUACAUAUGUAGUAGUAUUGAAAUAUGUAAAAUUAUAAAAAUUACAACUCGUUAGCAUUGCAGGUGUUAUUCUAUAUACAUGUACACAUAAAUAAUCUAAAAUAAAUACACAACGGCAUAUACAUACAUAUGUAUACAUAUAUAAAUAUACAUGCGAGUAUAUAGACGAAUAUGAAAAUAUAUACUACUAAAGCAUAUAUAUGAAUACUAAGAGUUAUGCAAAGAGACAAACAAAUAUACAUACAUACAUAUAAGCAAAUAAAUAACAAUAGCAUAAAUUGUGUGUGCAAUGUAUUACAAUAAAUAAGAA